UUUAAUAAGUAACUAAUUCAAAAAAAGAAAAAGAGGCGCCAGAUUGUGAUGGGAGGCGGUUUCCCGCCAGUUUCCGCCCCCCUCCUCCCUCUCUCCCACGCCGUGAAAAGGAAAACCGCCGCAAUCCCCGCCGUAGUCGCUAACCGUCCGCCGAUGGCCGAGACUCAGCAAAUGAAGAAGUCUAAGACGCCCUCUAAAGGAACCCCCAGAGCAAAGCAGCGCAUUUCUUCAGACCACCUGAUUGCUCCCCAAACCCCACAAUCCGCUACACCUGCUGCCAUCAAUCUCAGACGCUCUCACCGCCUCAGCGCCGCCACGCCGGAGAGUCACCCCGUAUUAUCCACCUGUGAUACUCCUCAAUCUGUUACCAGAACUACGAAAAAUCUCGAGAAUCCGACCUCAAUUUUACCGACCACCAUUUCAAUUACCCCUGCAUCUCCACAGCCCACAGAAUCUCGGAGGAAGAGGAAAUUUCAAGAAAAAUCGGUUGCGAGUGCGGAGAGAAAAAAGGAUCUAAGGAGUGGCAAGUGUAGACGAGCUGAUAACAAAGUCAAACAAAAGGUGUAUUACAAGAAAGUUGUGUAUGACAGCGGCGAGUUUUCAGCAGGGCACGAUGUGUACGUGAAGAAACGGUCCGACGCUAGCUCGGAUGAUGAAGAUCCGGAGGUGGAGGAAUGUAGAGUGUGCUUUAAGCCGGCUGGGAGGCGGGUUAUGAUCGAGUGUGAUGAUUGCUUGAAUGGGUUUCAUUUGAAGUGCCUGAGCCCGCCGCUAAGGGCAGUUCCCGAAGGGGAUUGGAUGUGUCAUUAUUGCGUGGCGAAAAAGAAUGGAGAAAUGGUGAAAUUUGCUGAGCCACCGGCGGGGAAGAAGAGGGCCAGGACUGCCAGGGAGAAGUUGCUUUCAAGUGAUUUAUGGGCUGCACAUAUUGAGAGUUUAUGGAAGGAAGUGGAUGGUACGUAUUGGUUUCGAGCUCGGUGGUAUAUUAUUCCGGAGGAGACUGCUGUGGGGAGACAACCUCAUAAUUUGAGGAGGGAGCUCUAUAGGACCAAUGAUUUUGCUGAUGUUGAGAUGGAGUCAAUCAUUAGGCAUUGCACUGUUAUGAGCCCAAAGGACUUUGCUAAUGCUGGCAGUGAAGGAGAUGAUGUGUUUAUCUGUGAAUAUGAGUAUGACAUACAGUGGCAUAACUUCAGGCGCAUGGCAGAGAUUGAUAACAAUGAAGAUGAUGGUGAACGAGUUCAUGAUGUUGAUGAUGAUGAUGAUGAUAAUGAUUGGAAUUCUUGUGAUGAGUUCGACUCUGACUCAAAAGAAGAUGUAGUGUACGAGCAUGAAAAGAAAACCAGACUAUCUCAUGCAUCUUUGCUUCACCCUGUAGCAGCGAACUCGCGCAAGGGACGGAUUUUCGGGCUGCAAAAGAUUGGGGCAAAGAAAAUACCAGAACAUUUAAGAUGUCAUAAGCAGACUGAUUUGGAAAAGGCAAAAUCAAAGCUUCUGCUUGCAACACUGCCUAAGUCUCUACCUUGUAGGGAUAGGGAAAUGGAUGAGAUAACCACAUUUAUCAAAGGUGCUAUAUGUGAUGAGCAAUGCCUGGGAAGAUGCCUGUAUGUUCAUGGUGUCCCUGGAACUGGAAAGACCAUGAGUGUGCUUGCUGUGAUGAGGAAUUUGAAGUCUGAGGUUGAUGCAGGAAGCAUAAGGCCUUACUGCUUCGUGGAGAUUAAUGGUCUUAAACUGGCUUCACCAGAAAAUAUAUACAGUGUAAUCUAUGAGGGACUAACCGGACAUAGAGUUGGUUGGAAAAAGGCUCUCAAUUUCCUGAAUGCACGAUUUUCUAAUGAAAACAAGUGUGGAAAAGAUACUAGGCCUUGCAUUCUUCUCAUAGACGAACUUGAUCUUCUAGUAACCCGGAAUCAAGCUGUUCUAUACAAUAUUCUUGAUUGGCCUACCAAGCCAAAUUCGAAACUGAUUGUGAUAGGGAUAGCAAACACUAUGGAUCUUCCAGAGAAGUUGCUGCCUCGCAUUUCUAGUCGUAUGGGCAUACAGAGGCUUUGCUUCGGUCCAUAUAACUACCAGCAACUUCAAGAAAUAAUUUCUAGUCGCCUAAAAGGAAUUGAUGCUUUUGAAAAAGUUGCAAUUGAAUUUGCGUCAAGGAAGGUGGCUGCUGUAUCUGGAGAUGCUCGUCGUGCACUAGAGAUAUGUAGGCGAGCUGCAGAAGUAGCAGACUAUCGUGCUAAAAAAACUGCACUUUCUGGCUCAGAUGCUUCAGGGAAAGUUGUUGCUGGUAUGGCAGAUGUUGAAGCAGCUAUUAAGGAGAUGUUCCAGGCUCCUCAUAUCCAAGUGAUAAGAAGUUCUUGUAAACUAAGCAAAAUCUUCUUGGCUGCUAUGGUUUAUGAGCUUUAUAAAACAGGAAUGGGAGAAACGACCUUUGAAAAGUUAGCAAUGGCGGUCUCAUGCUUCUGUGCUAACAAUAGAGAAACCUUUCCUGGAUAUGACAUGCUCCUGAAAGUCGGAUGUAAACUCGGGGAGUGCAGACUACUAUUGUGCGAGGCUGGGACACGGCACAAACUGCAGAAAUUGCAACUGAACUAUCCCAAUGAUGAUGUUACAUUUGCACUGAAAGAUAGCAAGGACCUACCUUGGUUAGCAAAGUAUAUCUGAAUCUAAAAAUUCUUGGAGAUCCAAUUUAGAUGAUCCAUUCCUGAUUUACAUUAGAGUUGUAUGUUUACACAUUUCUUGAAUUUAUGACCAUGUAUGCUCUAAACAGAGCCUAAACUUUGUUUGCUUCUUUUCCUCCCAAAAGGAUUGUUAUGCAGAGCCUGAAAACAUUUAUUUAAACUAGCAUUAUACAUUUGUAAACUGAGAAAUAUCUUUAUUAUUGAAACAUUUGUUGAAUA